AUGCCGAAGGGACCUCCUUCCAACCUUCCAACCCCUGCAAAUGCCACUCUAAUAAAAGUCGACAUCGCCGAGGAACUUGGGAGCGGUCGCGUCGGUGACGUGGAUCGCUGCGACGAAUUAUCCAAGGAGGCAUGGUUCUAUGAGGAAAUGGAAUGUCUGCAAGGCGUCGUCACUCCGCGUUACUAUGGGCAUUUCACCACCAUGCUUCCAGCGCGAACCGAUAUCCUCUCAUUGAAGCGUCGCGCCAGCUCUCCGUUUCCCAUGUCCAUAAUCCUCCUGGAGCGCGUGGGGGACAGUCUGCCUCUAGGACAGCCCAUUCCACAGGUCCUUCAAGACGACCUUUGGGACAUGAUGAGGGAUUUUGCUGCACUGGGUAUAUGUCACAAUGACCUGCGCUACGACAACCUCCUUCACCUCCUGACCUGCCCUCGCUUCCUUCCCCGGACGCUCCUAUGGGUUGCGUAUCGUUGA